AGUCGCGAGCGACGCGGCGCGGCGGUGGUGCGGAGCGCGAGCCGAGCGGAGGUCUGUGCGCCGCACAGGACGAGUCAGAGUCGGGAAACUGGAGUCGCGCGCGCUGACCCGCGGAGUUCACAGCGCUCCCGCCGAUCUGUUCCCACCGGUCAAGGAGGGCUGCAGGAAAGCGGGCAGUGCCGGUCAGGGAGGCGGCGGUGCGAUGCGGCCCGCUCCCACUGUGGACAUGAGUCCCGACCUGGACACGCUGGCAGAGCUCGGACAGUCGGACGAGACGGUCCGCAUUGCUGUGCUCGGGAUGCAGGGCGUUGGAAAGUCAGCAAUCACAGUUCGGUACCUGACCCAUCGGUUUAUCGGAGAGUACAAGUCAAAUACAGAUAUGAUGUACCACCAAGUAAUCAAACUCGAUGGAAGUACAAUAAAGGUCGACAUCAUUGACGUCUCCACAUCUGUCCAGAGCGGUUCCCUGGUGCACCACAACAUCCGCAACUGGGCCGAGGGCUUCCUGCUGGUGUACUCGGUCACCACACCGGAGUCGUUCCAGCACGCCAGUCAGCUGCUGGAGGAGGUGCGCCGCACUGGCUCCAAGUGCGCCGCGUCUGUCUCCGGCGGCUCGCUGCGCGCCGCGUCCGUCUCGCGGGAGAGCUCCAAGAGUCCGGCGGCGCGCCGGAAACGAUCCGGCACCCCGCAGCGGCCCCACAGUACCGGGGACGGUGUGGAGGUGCCAGCGCCGGCCAUCCUGGUCGGGAACAAGACCGACCUCAUACACCUGAACCAGGUGGACACGACCCGCGCUCAGGAGACGGCCUCUCGGCUCUGCUGUCAGCACGAGGAGGUGAGCGCCUCCGAGUCAGCCGAGGAGAUCACCGCACUCUUCCACGCCGUGAUCCGUCAGUGUCUGGCGCUGAAGCGACGCCGCUCCGGCAUGGACGCCAUCCGUAACGCGUUCUCGAGUUUGCCGCGCGCCGGCCGCGGCUCGUCGCGCGAGGCGGCGGCGGCAGCAGACAGCGGCAGCAGUCUGCGCCGGCGGCGGCCCCGAGGCCGCCUGCAGCUACCGCCACACGGCGAGACACAGCUGGUGGACAUCGUGUCCCCGGUGGAGCUGCGGCCGACGGCGGCGGCGGCGACCGCGCGCGAACCUGAGGGCCGCACCAGCGACGGCGAGAGCGUCUGCUCGGGCGCCACCUCGUCCGGCUCGUCGGGCGGCUCGGCGGGCUCGGGCGGAUCGCACACACCACAGCCGGGAGCGCCGCCGCGCAAAUUCUCCGUGUUCGACGUCGGUCGCAAGUUGGGCAGCUUCAUCUCGGGAGGCAGCAGGCCUUCAACACCGGCACCCAGUCGGUUCACCACCUCACCGCUCAAGACGUCCGUGCCCGACCUCAGCAAGACGUCGUCGCUCUCGGAGAAGCUGGACACGCUGAAGAAGUCGGUGAAGAAGGUGUCGGUGUGAGCGGUGCGCGCGGCGCGAGCUGUGAUCGGAGACUUUUCGGGGCAGGUCGGCAGGGUGAGGCACUCAGGUCCGCCGGCCACCAGCGCCACAGACAUUGCAUUGUUGUUGAUCUUGGACGCCCUGGGCUGGCACCGGGCACAUCGAGCUAUCGCUGUGUGGGAGAGAGUGGACGGAUAAUUGUAUUUAAUAGUGCUACCUUGCACUGUCAUCUGCUGCCUAGACUUUCUACCAGAGCUGUUCAUUCUCAUGUUAUUCUUAAGAUCAUGGUUGAGCAUUUUGUACUGACGAUUAAAUACACCGGAUAUUAUGUGA